GCUGCCUUCAGUUUAGCGACCGACCCAAAGGUGGGAGGUUGUGUGGUGCGGAGAGGUCGAGGCGGCAGGGCGAGUUACCGGAAUCACUUCAGUUCAGAACGUUAAACUACCGAGGGCGCACCGCAGGGGCGGACUUGUUGACGCCCACUUGUUCCCCGCCCAGCUUCCGAACGUGAGAGCCGGGGCUCACCUCUGUCACCUCGGCGCUAGCCCCGUGAAGGCGAGGCGGGAUGGAGUUCAAGCUGGAAGCUCACCGCAUCGUCAGCAUCUCCUUAGGCAAAAUCUACAACUCGCGGGUCCAGCGCGGCGGCAUCAAGCUGCACAAGAACCUCCUGGUCUCGCUGGUGCUGCGUAGCGCCCGCCAGGUCUACCUGAGUGACCCGUGUCCCGGACUCUACCUGGCCGGUCCUGCUGGGAGCCCGGCAGCGCCGCCGCCGCAGCCCGGUGAGCCCGCGACCGGGACGCCCGCUGGCUGGGGAGAGCCGCCCCCACCGGCCGUCCGCGCCGCCUGGCCGGAGACCGAGUCGCAGCCGGGGCGCCCCGCGGUCCCAGACGCGCCGAGGGCUGGGGACACUGUUCCUACCGCUACGGAGACCGGAGCCGGGGACGCUCCUCAGAGCCGACAGGCGGAAGCUGCUUGGGGUCGCGUAGAGGUACCGCGCGAGGCGGCGGCCGGAGGAGCAGAGGGCCCCGCCGGAGGCUCGGACGUCUUCCCCGAGGGGCUUCGGGCCCCGCGCCGCCCCACAGGAGGGGAGGACCAGCCUGGCGCGCUGGCCGCGGCCCCCCGCGCUGACUGCUGCUGCGCGCCGCGGCCCGCCGAGGACGAGCCCCCCGCGCCGCCCGCCCUGUGCCCCAGGAAGCGCGGCGCGGCCGGCGGCCCCGCGGGCUGCUCGGCGGCCGGCUCGACCCCGCUGAAGAAGCCCCGCCGGAACUUAGAGCCGCAGCCGGGCGGGGGAGCGGAGGACGCCGAGGAGGAGAUGGAGACCGGUAACGUGGCCAACCUCAUUAGCAUCUUCGGGUCCAGCUUCUCGGGACUCUUACGGAAAAGCCCCGGCGGCGGCCGGGAGGAAGAAGAGGGCGAGGAGAGCGGUCCGGAGGCCGCCGAGCCCGGGCAGAUCUGCUGCGAGAAGCCGGUGCUGAGAGACAUGAACCCCUGGAGCACAGCCAUCGUGGCCUUCUGAGGCCCCGGCCCCCGUGCGGGGAGGAGGUUGAGCGGCGGGCGUCCCUGGAGUGGGGCCGGACCUCUCCCAGCUGCGAGGACGCCCCAGGGCCGCGGGCGCUGAGCUCGUUGGGGGAGACUGGUUGCUGCCGGCCAGCGCGCACUGAACCCCGGGCUCGGCAGCCCUGCUGUGCCGUGACUCUCGAGUCGCAUCUUGGGACCUGGGAGUUUGAGGCUUAUUGAAAGAGGACGUUUGUGAACUUCGUGUAUGUGUAUGUUUCUGUGUAUGUAAGUUUGUCUUGUUGAAUUAAGACUAUUUUGUCCUUCUGGAAUGCACCACCCUUCCCCGGGGCUUCAGUGAUUGGGGGCAGACAGGGACUUUCCUGUGCCGGCAGCACAGAGAAGGAAGCGGCUAAAAGGUUGGGGCCGGGGAGUUCCCAUUCGUUCCUGGGGGAGGGAGGGACUUUACACACGCCCCUCACAUGAAAGCUAGAGCCACACCACGGCCGGGAGUGGCGUUUCCUCACUGGAUUUCCUAAGACGAGAGGGAUUUAGUCCGUAGUAGAGACGUGGAUUCUAUCCUUUCUCUCUCCUUGAAGAAACGAUUAUGUCCUGUGAUCACUCUGAGAAAGGGAAAUAUUAACGGCCCUUUGCUUUUCCGCAGGGGAAAAAAGCUUGAUGAACUUCACAGAAGACUUCAAGCUUGGAAAUAUGGAGUUUAUAGAGAAAAAAAUAUAUUUUAAAAAGCUCUAGGUCAGAACACAGUGCUUUUAAGAAGUGUUUAAUGAAGCAAAGUUUACAGACAGAAGCCCUAAGUGGAAAGACCUUAUGGUUUUGUAAAUAUGGUGACUCCAGUCUUUGUUGUAUAAAGGUUGGGGGAGCUGACAAGGUUUUUGUACAGUAUUUUCUCCUUGGUUGUAUUGAUUUUUGUAAAAAAAAUGUAACUUUACGUGUCUAACACGUAUUAAAUAUUUUGAAGCAACUUCA